CGCCUGCGCCGUCGGCUGAGGGCGGCAAGCGCGUGGGGCGCUCGCAAACCGCCAACGGACGCGCCGGCCCCGCGGCGGAGCUCCGAGCUGGGACCAAGGCGGCCCGGCGACCUGCAGCGGUCUGCUGCUCGCUCCAUUCCCAGUGGCCGAAGUGCAGCAGUUCCGGCGAAGCUGCCGUGCCUUAUGCCUGCCGACAUCCAUUCCGUGAGACGAGCCUUGGCCCAGACCGGUGGCAUCGCGAGAUGCGGGAAUGUAUUUCGAUCCACAUCGGCCAGGCUGGAGUGCAGAUUGGAAAUGCGUGCUGGGAGCUGUUUUGCCUGGAGCACCGGAUCAAGGAGGACGGGAAGAUGCGCAGCUACAGAAGCGCCAGGCUUGGCGACGACUCCUUAAACACCUUCUUCGACGAGACGGGGGCGGGCAAGCACGUUCCGCGAGCAUUAUUCAUCGACCUGGAGCCUACUGUGAUCGAUGAGGUUCGCACCGGCACCUACAGGCAGCUCUUCCACCCCCAGCAGCUCAUCAGCGGCAAGGAGGAUGCGGCGAAUAACUACGCCCGGGGCCACUGCUCCAUCGGCACCGAGAUCGUAGACCUGGUCCUGGAUCGCAUCCGGAUCCUGGCAGACCAGUGCACGGGACUGCAGGGGUUCCUCAUCUUCCAUAGCUUCGGGGGUGGCACCGGCUCGGGCUUCACCUCCCUCCUCAUGGAGAGGCUCUCCGUCGACUACGGCAGGAAGCACAAGCUGCAGUUUGCCGUCUACCCGGCGCCACAGAUCUCCACCGCCGUGGUGGAGCCGUACAACGCCGUCCUGGUCACCCACUGCACCCUCGAGCACUCCGACUGCACCUUCAUGGUGGACAACGAGGCCAUCUACGACAUCUGCAAGAACAAACUGGAGGUCGAGCUGCCCACCUACACCAACCUCAACCGCCUGAUCGCGCAGAUUGUGUCGUCCAUCACCGCCUCGCUGCGCUUUGACGGCGCCCUCAACGUGGACUUGGCGGAAUUCCAGACCAACCUGGUACCCUACCCCCGCAUCCACUUCCCACUCACGGCCUACGCGCCCCUCCCCCCGAAAGACGCAGCCUACAACAGCCGCCACACCACCCUCAAGAUCACCAGGAUGUGCUUCAAUCCGGGCAACCAGAUGGUGAAGUGCGACCCCCGCCAGGGCAAGUACAUGGCGUGCUGCAUGCUGUACCGCGGGGACGUGGUGCCCAAGGACGUCAGCACCUCCAUCGCCACCAUCAAGAGGUCGCAGACUGUCAAGUUCGUUGACUGGUGCCCGACUGGAUUUAAGGUUGGCAUCAACAACCAGCCCCCGACGGUGGUGCCGGGCGGUGACCUGGCGCAGGUGCCGCGGGCCGUCUGCACGAUGAGCAACACCACUGCCAUCGCUGUGGCCUGGAGCCGCCUCAGCCUCAAGUUCGACCUGAUGUACGCCAAGCGGGCCUUCGUCCACUGGUACGUGGGAGAGGGGUUGGAGGAAGGGGAGUUCCAGGACGCGCGGGAGGACAUGGCCCUGCUGGAGAAGGACUACGAAGAGGUGGGCAUUGACUCUGGCAUUCUCGACUAUCUGGCGGAGGAGGAGGGGAUGGCUUAA